UCCCUUCAAUGCUGUUUCCUUACAGAAUUUAGAAACUGGAGAGAGCAGUGGUUUCCAAAGUCUCAAAGGCGUCCCUUCUCCAACUUCUUCUCAUUUUCCCUUCCUGGCCCAUAACUACAAUUUAUUUUUUUCAUAAUGUUUUUGGCUUUCCCCUUACCUCAGCUUUCAAGAAAAGUCAUUUGAGACAUUCCUCUCCAAGCCCCACUGGAGAGCCCCUCAGAUGUUCACACUCCAGUCCCAGUUUCCGCCUGUCAGUCUUUCAGGAUGGUUCAGCGGCGGAGACCCCCAGGGUGAAUCGCCGGCCCGCGCGCGACUCACCGCUUCACGCAGGGGUAACGACGCGAGACCGGGAGAGCUGACGGCUCAGGCGGGCCGCGGCUCCUUUAAGAGCAGGCCCCGCCUCUCCCCCUCCCGGCGCGGCUGGCGGUCGGCGGCGGCCUCUACGGUGCUGACAAGAUGGCGGCUGGCGGGGCUGUCUCUGCGACGCCCGAGUGCCGGCUUCUGCCCUACGCGCUACACAAGUGGAGCUCCUUCUCUUCCACCUACCUUCCUGAAACUUUUAUGGGAAUAUUUAUGUGAAGGCAUUGUUCAGAAGGAAGAUACUUGGGUGAACAUUUUAGUGGAUAAGCCAAAUGACCAGUCUUCACGGUGGUCUUCAGAGAGCAACUACCCUCCGCAGUACUUGAUUCUGAAGCUUGAAAGGCCUGCUAUAGUCCAGAAUAUCACAUUUGGAAAAUAUGAGAAAACUCAUGUCUGCAAUUUGAAGAAAUUUAAAGUCUUUGGUGGAAUGAAUGAAGAAAACAUGACAGAGCUAUUGUCCAGUGGCUUAAAGAAUGAUUAUAACAAAGAAACAUUUACCUUGAAGCAUAAAAUUGAUGAACAGAUGUUUCCUUGUCGAUUCAUUAAAAUAGUUCCACUCUUAUCGUGGGGACCCAGCUUUAACUUUAGCAUCUGGUAUGUUGAACUUAGUGGCAUUGAUGAUCCCGAUGUAGUACAACCCUGUCUCAACUGGUAUAGUAAGUACCGUGAACAGGAAGCUAUUCGCCUUUGCCUAAAACACUUCAGACAACAUAACUAUACAGAGGCUUUUGAGUCACUGCAAAAGAAAACCAAGAUUGCCCUGGAACAUCCCAUGUUAACAGAUCUGCACGAUAAAUUGGUACUGAAGGGUGAUUUUGAUGCUUGUGAAGAAUUGAUUGAAAAAGCUGUAAAUGAUGGCUUAUUCAAUCAGUAUAUCAGUCAACAGGAAUAUAAGCCACGAUGGAGUCAAAUCAUUCCCAAAAGUACCAAAGGUGAUGGAGAAGAUAACCGACCAGGAAUGAGAGGAGGCCAUCAGAUGGUUAUUGAUGUUCAAACAGAGACUGUUUAUUUGUUUGGUGGCUGGGAUGGAACACAAGAUCUUGCUGACUUCUGGGCGUACAGUGUGAAAGAGAACCAAUGGACAUGUAUCUCUAGAGACACUGAGAAAGAGAAUGGUCCUAGUGCUAGAUCAUGUCAUAAAAUGUGCAUUGACAUUCAACGAAGGCAAAUCUACACACUGGGGCGUUAUUUGGAUUCCUCUGUGAGGAACAGCAAAUCUCUGAAAAGUGAUUUCUAUCGUUAUGACAUUGACACAAACACAUGGAUGUUACUCAGUGAGGAUACUGCUGCUGAUGGAGGACCGAAACUGGUGUUUGAUCAUCAGAUGUGUAUGGACUCAGAAAAACAUAUGAUCUACACCUUUGGUGGUAGAAUUUUGACAUGUAAUGGCAGUGUAGACGACAGCAGAGCCAGUGAACCACAAUUCAGUGGAUUGUUUGCUUUCAACUGUCAGUGUCAAACCUGGAAACUUCUUCGAGAGGACUCCUGUAAUGCUGGGCCUGAGGACAUCCAGUCUCGUAUAGGACACUGCAUGCUAUUCCACUCAAAAAAUCGUUGCUUAUAUGUAUUUGGUGGCCAGCGAUCAAAGACCUAUUUGAAUGAUUUCUUUAGUUAUGAUGUGGAUUCUGAUCAUGUAGACAUAAUAUCAGAUGGUACCAAGAAAGACUCUGGAAUGGUUCCAAUGACAGGAUUCACACAGAGAGCAACCAUUGAUCCAGAACUGAAUGAAAUACAUGUCUUAUCUGGACUCAGCAAAGACAAGGAAAAGAGGGAAGAGAAUGUCAGAAAUUCAUUCUGGAUUUAUGACAUUGUAAGGAAUAGUUGGUCUUGCGUCUAUAAGAAUGAUCAAGCUGCAAAGGAUAAUCCAAGUAAAAGUCUUCAGGAGGAAGAACCAUGUCCAAGAUUUGCCCAUCAGCUUGUAUACGAUGAGUUACACAAGGUUCAUUAUUUAUUUGGUGGGAAUCCAGGAAAAUCUUGCUCCCCAAAGAUGAGAUUAGAUGACUUCUGGUCACUGAAAUUGUGUAGGCCUUCAAAAGAUUACUUACUGAGGCAUUGCAAGUACCUCAUAAGAAAACACAGGUUUGAAGAGAAGGCCCAAAUGGAUCCCCUUAGUGCUCUGAAAUAUCUACAAAAUGAUCUUUAUAUAACUGUGGAUCAUUCAGACCCAGAAGAGACAAAAGAGUUUCAGCUCCUAGCUUCAGCUCUGUUUAAAUCUGGUUCAGAUUUCACAGCUCUAGGCUUUUCAGAUGUGGAUCACACCUAUGCUCAAAGAACUCAGCUCUUUGACACGUUAGUAAAUUUCUUUCCUGACAGCAUGACUCCUCCUAAAGGCAACCUGGUGGACCUCAUCACACUGUGACUGAAGAGUACCUGGACAGAAAUGGAGCACAGGAGUCUCUGCUUUCAGUAUUCUGGAUUUCAACUCUGUUGACUGACAAUUAGGCUGCAGUGACUGAGGACUGCACCAGAAUUUUGAAGGGAUCUUUGCUGUCACAAAUUUUAACCCUCUUCCUUCACACCUGACCUCAACCCCAUAGUCCUCAUCCCCUUCCAAAAUAAGGCUAAUAAAGUGAAAUCGGUAUACUUCCCAUUUAAAUAUAUAUAUAUAUAUUUUAUUACUUUAACUUUUAAGAAUUCAUGAGUAUAAAAGAAAAAAUAAUCAGGCAGUAUACCCUUUUCUGAUUUUUAUUUCAUUUUUAUAAAAUUGGGGCAAGUAAGCACUGUUCACAGACGCAGUGCUACAAGAAUUGGAAUUUUGUUGUUGGGUUGUUUGGCCUUUCUUCUUCUUUCUUCCCAUCUCACUUUACCUUGAGUCACACAGCUGCUUGUAAGUGAUACGUAUCAUUUGUUUACCUCUUCAUUCUUAACAGUAUAUAGUUCUGUAGGGCAAUUGAUGUAUGUUUAAGUGAUAUAUGUGUCUCUGUUGACUAGAGUCUCGUAUUACAUUAAACAGUAGGAGGAAGGGGGCUCUAAUUUACGCUCCUUGUCAUAGAACUAAAAAGUGAAACCUGAGAUUGAUCCCCACACUUAUCUGAGAUUGGUAUAUAAUAUUUCUAUAAUGAUAUAUUUUAUAGUGGAUAUUACAAAGCUUUGAGUCACAGAAACCUUAAACUGAGGAGAGAAUACAGUUCAGAACCUUAAAGAGCCACUCUCAAAAUUACCAGCGGGAGGAUUCUAGUUGUGAUUAGCAUGUUCAUUGAUAUCUCUGUAGUAAUUUUGGAAGAAAAUGACUCUUUCCCCUGGUAGAGCUGUGCAGGACCAGGGCUUCGAUUUCUUCCAUGUGCUAUCUGUUUGUAGCAUUUUCAUUUGGGAGGAUGGGUUCCAGAGCUACGUUUUUGUUUAUUUUCAUACACAUUAGCUCCCUACAUCUGCUUCUAUAUACUAUAUUUUAAAGAAUAAUGGUUUGUAGUUGUCCAGUGGAAUACAGCUGACAGGCAUUUCAUUAAACACAUAGACCAGGCUUUUUUAAUGGAGAAAAAGAAAAAUAAUGGUGCAAAUAUUUUUUAUUAAACUAAAAGAAAGGCAGAUGGGCUUUUCCACUGUUCCUUUUUUUGUGAGGAGUGGUGGUAUGUAUUGUUCCAUGAGGUGCUGUGGAAUGCAGCAUAGGAAAUCUAAACCUGGCCAGUGCUUACAUUUGCUCAAAAAGUGUGCUGUAUGCAACUGAUACCCACCAUGGUUAAAGCAGGCUAAGUAUAAUAAAUGUCCAUCAGUCCAGUCGCUCUUCCAAGUGAAUGACUUUAGAGAAUUUACUGUGUCCCCAAGUAGCAAGAUUAGGCCUCACCAAAGAAAGAAGAAAUUGAAUUGCACUUUUGAAAAGUCUCAUGUAUAGGAAUGAGACUUUGAGGUCCCUCUUCAGUCUGUCAUUAUUGCAUGGUUUCACGUCUUUGGGGGAAGGACAGAAGUAUAUUUGUCCUAGUUCUAGGCUUGAAUCUUGGGCUGCUUGGCUUUCCAAGCAUCCCAAAGCGAUCAGUAGUGAUUUAUUAAACAAUUAGAUUUGUUCCUUACCUUGUGAAAGAUAUAGUACAUAAUUCAGUAAGUACCAAGUUGUGUAGCUGCAGAAUAACCAGUUGACUUUACAGGUGAGCAAAUAGAAUCUACCUACAUACUUAGGCAGUUUCAUUAAAAGAUUUCCUUGGGCUUCCCUGGUGGCGCAGUGGUUGAGAGUCUGCCUGCCGAUGCAGGGGACACGGGUUCAUGCCCCGGUCCGGGAAGAUCCCACAUGCCGUGGAGUGGCUAGGCCCGUGAGCCAUGGCUGCUGAGCCUGCAUGUCCGGAGCCUGUGCUCCACAACGGGAGAGGCCACAACAGUGAGAAGCCUGCAUACCACAAAAAAAAAAAAAAAAAAAAAAAAAGAUUUCCUUGACAGUCAAGAACAUAAAAUAUUAAUAUCGCUAAUAUUGUAGCCUACUGAACUCAUUUCGUGGAAACACGUUGAUAGGAAAGAACUUGAUAAGAGUUUCUAAAUGUAAAAACUCUAGUUCUGCUCACUGUGAAUUCUGGCACUUCAAAAACCACAACAGGGCUUCCCUGGUGGCACAGUGGUUGAGAAUCCGCCUGCCGAUGCAGGGGACGCGGGUUCGUGCCCUGGUCUGGGAAGAUCCCACAUGCCGCGGAGCGGCUGGGCCCGUGAGCCAUGGCCGCUGAGCCUGCGUGUCCAGAGCCUGUGCUCCGCAACGGGAGAGGCCGCAACAGUGAGAGGCCCGCGUACGGCAAAAAAAAAAAAAAAAAAACAGUAACCAAAUGAAAUUCUGUUUCCCUCCACCGUUUAUUUUUAUAGUGCUUUUUUGGUCAUUUUUUUCCGUUCCUUAGAUUCCAUAUUUGGAGGAAACUCAGUUCUUGAACUCAGUGAUUUUGUUUGUUCUUAUUUUUCUCUGACUCUCUACUGGUUGUUUUCUAAACAUGCUUGUUCUAAUUUUAUCUUUCCUCACUUUAAGUGGAACCUUUUCCCUUUUCUUCACUUACAGAAUUUUUUUUUUUCACUAACAUGUUUAAAUGGGGUUGAGUCAUAGCAAACUGUUUAGGGUUGCUUAAGUGACAUAGACUGUAUUUAGGAAGUUAUUGACUAGGUAAGUCAAAAUUUGUACCCUGGGGCUUUAAUGAGGCACUGCUGGUAAUGAUUGCAGGAGAAUAUAAGCUUCAUUAUAUCCGUGACCAAGAUUGACACAUUGCUCUCUUUCGACAUCAGAACCCUGAUAUGAAACUUGUUUAUAUAUUUAGUGAGGAGCUACAUGUAUUUCCAAGUAUUCCAGCACUAUAUUAUAAUUUAAAUAAUCUAAUUUGGUAUUUAUACACAUUAUUUAAGUAGCCAAAUAUCUAUGCUUUACUACUUAAAAAUUCUUUCAUUCUAGCUUAGUGAGCCCCAGAUUGAAACACCUGGUUUUAGAUGCAUUAGUUAGUGGGGUACAAUUUGCUCAGUGUCGUUAUCACUAGCUUCAGUUUCAUCCCCAUUUCUCCUUUUUCCAGUGGAAUAUAUUAUUCCAGAAUAAUAAACUAGAAAUAAUUUAAACUAGAAGUAAACUAGAUCUGUAACAUUUUCAGUGCUUAUACCUCAUGAGAAAUUAAUUAUCUGAUUUGCAAGAUACUUUGAAAAUGCAGUUGCAUUUUGUGGAAUGACAGAGACCUCAUGUGGCCAGCUUGAUUAAUUCACAUAUAUCAAUCUCCUGUGAAGCAAAGGAAUUCAGAUUUGGGUGCCUAACUGUGCUAAAGCUGACAGUAUUAACCUUUAGCAAGAUUGUCUUUUCAGACCUGGUUUUCAUUAAAACUGACUUAUCCAUGUCUAAUAAGUAAAAACUGAUAGAAAACAUUAGAAAGUUAAUACACUGAUUUAUCACAGAAAAGCUUGUUGGCUUUAGAGCUCAGUGAUUUGUUUAAGAUUGUAAACUGCAUUCUUUGGUGAAAUAUGUCUUGAAUAUAAAUGGUUUGUUAGCUUAUCUUUCUAGUGAAUCUUUUCACAUCUGCCUUAAAAGUGCUAUUUAGAGAUACAUUAACAGAGUUUCAUGUAAUAAAACAGUUUUAAAAUCUAUAAACAAAAAUUAGUUUGAGGUACUUAAUCAUUGGUGAGAGAUUGAGAAUGAUGCUUAAUGAAUCAAAAAGCACUUAGAAAGGAGUAUGUUUCUGAUUUUAUUUUCUGAAUUAAACUCAGUGUCAUGGAAGGAGUUACCCUAUAAUUAUUCUUAACACAAUAUGAAAUUCAUUGGGUAAUUGUGGGUCAUUUAAUUUUUUCCUGGGUGAAUGUUGUGUUAACUCUCUAGCUGAUUGAAUAUUGCAAAGCAGUUGAGAAUUAUGGUUUGAAGUGAUUUCUAUGAGGGGAUCAUUACAAUGUGUACUUUAAACAACGUCAUCUAGCUGUAAAAAAUAUACCCUUUGUAACCCUUCUUUUCUUAAAAAAUACAUGUUCGUAUGUAAUUUCGUCCUUUUGCAGAAAUUCUGGCCUGAACUUUCACUAAGUUUUAAAUUCUUAAGAUAGUCCUUAAUCUAAGAUAUGCAGGCUCCCUCAGAAAAAGUUCAUAGUUAUUAGAGGGGUAAUCAUAGAGGGUCUGCAUAUGACAGUAGUUGUAGAUUAGAUCUUUGGGUUCUUUCAAAAUUUUUGUAUUCCUUAUUAGUCAAAUAACAUUAUUCUUUUGUGAUUUUUGACUAUGCCCUACAUCUCCCUGUGAUUUGUAUUAAUGCUGAAAUGACAUUGGCUGCCCAAAACUUCUAGUCUAGAGGUGUUUCAGUUGAAGAUGGAAGUUUCAACGUUUGUUGAAAUAAUUAGUUAGGAGCCACCUAGAUCAGCUGAAUGAUGUCGCCACCGUUUGUUUUGAUGGGAAGGACUCAGGAUUGUAGUUUAUUGAUUUCUUCACAAGAUGCUCUUUUUAUCUUUCAAAAAAAAACGCUAUCUUAAGAGAUUUUAUUUAUACAUAAUUUUUAAACCUUGAUUUCUUCCUAUCCCACAAAUACUGUGAAUUGUUUCCAUUAUUUUUUUUUUCUUAGCUAAAUCCUCUGACAAUAGAUUUAUAGCACUUAAACCUAAGGAGUCAUUAGAGGUUAUGGUAAACCAGAUUUUCUCGUGGGGCAGAGAGAGAUGCCCUUGAGGGAAACCAUAUCACUAUGUGUUUUCUGUUAGAGAGGAGAAUGAGGGUAUGUUAUAGAAGGAAGAAUAGGAGCUUUUUGCUCAUGGAUUUGAAGGUCCACAGAUCUAAAUGAGAAAGAAAGCUCUUCAUUUCUAACCCUAAAUUAAUUUAAUGCAGUGCUGAGAAGACGACUACUAUCAAGAGGGAUCAAAGCUCAGUUCUGAGUAGUCUUUGGAAAGCAACAUUUCUUGGUUAGUUGCUUUCCUUACUGUCUCCCAAGUAGCUGAUAGAGAUCUGGAAACAGAAAACCCAGUGUAAUGGGCUCUAGCUCUUAAACUAGGUGAUCAGUUUCUUAUGUACAGCCAAUUCCUUGAUAAGGAUUCAGAGGGAAAACCAGCAAUAAAACAUUUUAACAUGCAGUUUUUGGGCUCCCAGGAGACUUGCUUUUUUAUGGAGUUUAAGCUCUUGCUGCAACACAGCUCUGUACCAUCUGGGAUGCUAGCAUUCACAGCGGUUCGUUUGGAUAUCUGAGCUGUCUGCCACGCAAAUACCAGCCCAAGGAGAUCAUCAUCCUUCAGUUUCAUUCAGUGCUUAAUGAAUGCCAGAUUAAUUGGCAGGAAGGAAAAACACUGUGUGAUAUACUGAACAGGCCUGUGUGCAUGAUUAAGGAGUUACUGAAGUAGCCAAUUUUGAGCUUAAUUUCUCUCCUUUGUUAACAAAUCUCAAGAAAGCCUUUGUUACAAUUUAGCUAGUGUCAUUUGGUUGGUGUUCAUUUUCUAACCCUUUAAAAUAGGAAGAAAAUUGUCAUUUCGUGUUUAACUUCUAACCCAUACAGAAUUGAACUGACAUCAAUUUAGUUUCCACGUUUUAAAAUAAAUUAAUUAUACAUAAUCCAAAGGGUCUCUGUUUAUUCUACUUUUCCAGGAAAUACAUGAGUUCUGGGCUUGGCAGUAGAAGUAUUUAAUAAUUUUGGUUUAUUCUUUAGGUUUCCUCCACAUCUGUGAAGUGAUUAAUUAAAUUAGAGAAGGUAUUUAGAAUAAGUUCAAUUCCAUUGCAACUGGCAGAGCUGUAUAAAUUCAUUUUGCAACAAAGGAGAGGAUCUUAUACCAUCAGGACCAUGCCAUCAGAGUUUGGCAAGUGACUGUUUGAUCACAUUGCCUUGUAGUUUGCUAUUUUUUCCUUCUUAAGAUAAAGGGGGGGAAACUGAGGACAGAGAUGUAUAACUUUACAUUUUUUUUAAUAUAUUUUUUUAUUUUUGUUUAACAUCUUUAUUGGAGUAUAAUUGCUUUACAAUGUUAUGUUAGUUUCUGCUGUAUAACAAAGUGAAUCAGCUAUAUGUAUACAUAUGUCCCCAUAUCCUCUCCCUCUUGCACCUCCCUCCUACCCUCCCUAUCCUACCCCUCUAGGUGGUCACAAAGCACCGAGCUAGCUGAUCUCCCUGUGCUAUGCAGCUGCUUCCCACUAGCUAUCUGUUUUACAUUUGGUAGUGUAUAUAUGUCAGUGUUACUCUCUUACUUCGUCCCAGCUUACCCUUCCCCCUCCCUGUGUUCUCAAGUCCAUUCUCUACAUCUGCGUCCUUAUUCCUGUCCUGUCCUUAGGUUCAUCAGAACUUUUUUUUUUUUUUUAGAUUCCAUAUAUAUGUGUUAGCAUACUAACUUUACAUUUUUUAAAUUGCCUACUUUAGAAGUCUUAGGGUACUUGCACCUUUAUAAAGGCUUAGCUUAAUUUUACACGUACAGAUUAACUAUACUUGUAAGAGCACUGUAUACAAAGUUAUAAGACAUAUUAAAGUAAUUGUCUACCCAACCCCAAAUUUGAUAGUAGGAUAUCAAAGUCCAAAAGUUUAAAUGCAAGUAGUCUUCUAUGGGGAAGGUAUAUGUUUUUAAAAGUCAUGCACAUGGUCUCCUUUUUGAGAUAUUUUUUCCUCUCCCAGAAAAAUGAUUUUGGUGACCAGUUGUAAACUGAUUUCUCCCUCAAUUGUAAACCACCCAUUUAGAGAAAUAAAAGUGGACUCACUUUCUUAAGCAUUACAUUUAGCCUGACCAAGAUAUGCUGUGAUUGUGUUAUUCUUCAAGCCAGCUUGCUUUUUUGACUUGUCAUAAAAUGUCUUUUGAAUUGAAUGAAUUAAAUAGUAUAGUAUUAAUUUUCUUUUAUGUAUAGCUCAAUUUAGAUAUUGCAAAAUAAUGAGACAUUUUUCUAUGAGCAGAUUCUUUUAUGGAGAUAGGUUUUUCUUUUUAAUGAGAUUUCUUCCCUGUCACCACUUCAAAAUCUAUGUACAGCUGAGUGUGCAGCCUCAGAAGAAGAGUACAGGAAAGCUUAGGGCCUCCUUUUCUUGUGUUGUUCUUGGCAACAAACAUGAUUCCACCUUUUCAAUGGAAAGAUGGGGUGGGUCUGUGUGUAUGUGUGUGUGUGUAUACUUAUUGGCCUGAAAUUGAGAUCCCUUUAGGUAGAGAUAGAUCCUCAAAACCAAAGUUGGACUGCAAAUUAGGUUGAGGAGGAAGGUACAGCUCCAUCCAUAGCCAAUAGAAUCUGUCUGUCCUUCUGGGUCUGCUUAUUAACGCUAUGGAUAGCUCCUUCUCUGUUAGAACAUCUCCUGGACUGGAAACAUGGUGUUCCAGCAACCAGCUCAUCUGAAAGUUGGAGAGUGUUAAACAUCUUUUAUGGGACUUUUAAAUAAAUAAUAACAUUUAUUGAUUUUUGUGAUUAUAAAAAUAUGUUUAUCAUAGAAAUUUAGGAAAUUACUAAGUGUGAAGAAGGAAAGCCACUAGUAUUUAACUGGUGAGACUUACUAAUUUUAUUUUUCCUGACUUCCUUCUGUUAUCCAACAUGGUAAAGGCCAGAAAAAGAAAAAAAAAAAAAAUUGACACAGCCAUUCCUUAUUGUCUGCAAGCAUUUUUCUCUACCUUUACUAUAUUCCUUUAAAGCAUUGCCCUUUUCUAGACAAACAGUCUGAAAAUAAUUCUGUUGAUAUGUAUCUUUUAAGCCUAAACUAUAGAUGUAAGAUACUACCCAAAAGCUAUAGGGAUCUGCCUUGUUCAGGUCAUUGGAAAUUUUAUCUCUAAGAUUAAUUUGAAUUUUUAAGCCCUUUAUGCACCAUUAUAGACAUUUGGAGCAUAUUCAUACCCAUGAAGAGCUUUCUGUUUAGAUGGACUUUUUAAUAUAACCAUAAUUAAACUCACACCUAAAAAGGAUGAGGUACUUUUCAAAGGCCGAAGGAAAAGCAGAGAAGAGCAAAGUAAAACAGAUGAAAUGAACGUAAGUAUAUAAAUAAGGAGUCCUUGAAACAAGAGUUCCUUUACUGUGCUUAACAAAUGUCUCUCCAAAAAAUGUAUUUUUCUGGUUACCAGCUAAGAUUUAGAGUUUUAUAUUUCAUGAGAAUCCUUUUCUUAAUAUGUGAAGGAAAAAACUGCCACCUUUCAGGGUUCCACUCCUUCCUUUACCCUCCUCUUCUGUAUCCUCAAGUACCUAAAUCAGAAAGGAAAUCAUGAGGGAAAUCUGAAACAGCUGGCAUAAGCUAGUUGUAGUUUUUAAACAGAAAUGUUGGGCUUCCCUGGUGGCGCAGUGGUUGAGAGUCCGCCUGCCGAUGCAGGGGACGCGGGUUCGUGCCCCGGUCCGGGAGGAUCCCACAUGCCGCGGAGCGGCUGGGCCCGUGAGCCAUGGCCGCUGAGCCUGCGCGUCCGGAGCCUGUGCUCCGCAACGCGAGAGGCCACAACAGUGGGAGGCCCGCGUACCGAGAAAAAAAAAAAAAAAAAAAACAGAAAUGUUUUGGGGCAUCAGGUGUCCCCUAACAUCAUUAUUGUUCUAAGUCAUCGUUGGGCUGUGUUGAGUGUGUUCCAUAAUCUUCCCCAUUCCCCUCAUGAUCCUCUCUGUUUUAUCUUACUUUUGCCCUAUCUGUAUGGACUUUUUAGGGUUUUGUUUGUUUUGUUUCUUAGUACAAGUAAUGUUCUGAUCCCAGGUUUGGUGAAUGUGUUAACACUGCUUUGUGAAUAAAUAAGUGAUCUGCUGAACAAUUGCAGUUGUAGAAUUAUGUUGUAUGUAAUGUACAUAUGGAGAAAGAAUGUAUUUUGUUCAUUUUCUUAAU